AUGCAUCUCCCAAAACCCUGAUAUUUACCAGUUUCACUUUCCUUGCUAGAAAUGGCGAGCCUCCAUAAACCUCGGUACCUUACCUCUGAAUUACUUAUCUGUGUUACUCAAGAGACAAAGUCCGAAAAUUCUCAGCUGCUUGCUUCAUCGCCAUCCGAUAACAAAACUCCCUCAAUCUCGCUGACGCUCUCAAUCUCGCCGCUGUUCAAUCUCACCGACGCCCUCAAUCUCGCCGGUACGUACCCAUUGCCACUUCUGAAAUCUAUUGUUCAACUUCAAAACAGCAGGAGCGAGAAAUUAUUUCCCAUUUUAGAGGGGAAAAAAAAGAGAUAAUGGCGAGCCUAAUCCCUGAAACCACCCAAAAAUUAUUCACUCCAGAAACCCUCCUGUCUGCAGCCAAACAAUCGCAGGGGUGCGUCAUCGUCCCCGUUCGCCUCCGCCGCGCCAUUAAAAGAUACAUACGAGAGCAAGAGGAGCCGCACAUAAAAAGGAAGGUAUUGAGAUUAUCGGAGUCGUUUAGCGAAAUCAAGGACGUGAAUAUGAUGCUGACAACGAUCACUUCAAAGGAGCUAGUUGAGGAUCCAUUCAAGUCUAUGGAGCGCUCUAGGCGUUGGAAAAUCAAGAGCGCUUACGGUGAUAUUGGACUCAAAUACACAGACGAUGAGACAGUUGCAUAUGUUGCCUCGCGCAUGCCUGCUGUCUUCUCUUCCUGCCACAGAGUCUUCAGCGAGGUUCAAAGAAGGUUACCAGGUUUUUCCCCAGCUAAGGUAUUGGACUUUGGUGCUGGAACUGGUUCAGCUUUCUGGGCAAUGCGUGAGGUCUGGCCAAAGUCAGUAGAGAAGGUAAACUUGGUGGAGCCAUCCCAAUCGAUGCAACGGGCUGGUCGGAGCCUUAUACAAGGUCUGAAGGAUUUGCCACUUAUUCACAGCUAUAAUAGCAUUCAAGCAUUAACUAAAAAUAUCAACAAGUCUGAGAGGGAACAUGACCUUGUAAUUGCUUCCUAUGUGCUUGGGGAGAUACCAUCGCUCAAGGAUCGGAUCACUAUGGUGCGCCAGCUUUGGGAUCUUACAAAGGAUGUUUUGGUUUUAAUUGAACCAGGAACACCACAUGGAUCUAAUAUCAUAUCUCAGAUGCGAUCUCACAUAUUAUGGAUGGAGAAAAGGAAAUUGCGUAAAUCUAAAAUGCAAAACAGUGAAGCUUGUAAGGAUCUGGUGUCUGUCAAAAGUGGUGCUUUUGUAGUUGCUCCUUGUGCUCAUGAUGGGCACUGUCCUUUGGAGAAAUCUGGGAAAUAUUGCCAUUUUGUUCAGCGUUUGCAGAGAACGUCAACACAACGUGCAUACAAGCGGUCCAAGGGUGAGCCUUUACGUGGAUUUGAAGAUGAGAAAUUUUCCUUUGUUGCUUUCAGACGAGGACAACGGCCUCGGGUAUCCUGGCCUCUUGACGGUGUGAAAUUUGAGACUCUGAAGGAGCAGCGUGCCAAAAGAAAUCUCGAUAAUCUUGAAAUUGACUAUGAGGACAUAAUUCUGCAAGAUCAACCUGAUGUCCCAUAUGAAGAAGUGGAUCCAAUUGACUAUGAUUCUGAUGUUGUUGAAAUUGACACGAUUGGUGAAGACAAUGAAGUUGACAAUAUUGGUGAAGACAAGGAAAUAGGGCAAGAAGAAACAGCUCAUGCGGAUCUUGGGGGUGGUUGGGGAAGGAUAAUCUUCUCACCUGUUAGGAGAGGCAGACAAGUUGCAUUGGAUGUGUGUCGAUCAAUCAACGAGGAUGGCUCAGAGGGAUCAUUCGAACAUAUAGUUGUCACCAAGAGUCGGAAUCCUACAUUACAUCAUCAGGCCCGAAGAUCUCUCUGGGGUGACUUGUGGCCGUUUUGAGCUGAACGACAUGGAGUUUUCGUUGUAACAUUGAAUCCAUGCUAAUAUUAUAUGCCAAUUGUAUUUAUUUAUUUUCUUUUUUGGAUGGUCAAUAAAUAUUUUGAGCAUAUUUUAAAAUGAAAAUAUAUUAGUAGCGGCAGAAUUUAAUGGUUGAGUGGAAUACAA